AUGACAUGGAUUAGUAUGGUGGUUGCAUUUGUGUACGGGAUGUACAUUUUGUUUUUCACACCGGUCAUUUGUUUUAAUUCGGUGGCGUUGGCAUGGAUACCGGAACCGUUGAGUGAGAAGGAGCCUAAUGAGGAGGCGGAGGCAAUGUUGGAAAUGGCAACUUUUGGAUUCCUAAAAUACGACAAUGAAUGGCAAUCAGCAAACAACUAUCUCUUCGUAGUGAUUAUGUCAUUUCUCUACAUUACGUAUUGUGUACUGGUCAAGAAGCUGGCACAUGGGCAAAAGUCGAAGAAGUCGAGAGCGAUUUUUAUCCAAUGCGCCGUUAUUUGUUUCUUCAACACUGUUACUGCUCUCGUCUACAACGCAUUAUCUUUAAUGACUCCUGCUAUAUGGAUUGUGCUUUUGGGACAAUUGUGUUGGUCCAUUAAUCAUGGAUGUCCAGCUAUCAUCUAUCUGACAAUGAAUGACACAAUUCGUCACAGCUUUUUGAACUUGUUCGGUGGAAAGAGGGUCACGAAAGUGGAUACAACUAAUAGUGCACAGCAUGUAGCAGUUUCGCAUGUGAUUUGA